AUGUUUAAAUUACCCAAAAUACAAAGAGCUGUUGUGUACGAAAAACACAAUGGUACGAUAAAAUGUCAAGAUAUCCCAAUUCCAAAGCCAAGAUCAAAUGAAUUGUUAGUUCACAUUAAAUAUUCUGGUGUAUGUGCUUCUGAUCUUCAUGUCUAUAAGGGCGAUUGGAACUUAUCGCCCAACUUCCCGACAAUUGGUGGACAUGAAGGUGCUGGCAUUGUUGUUGGAAUGGGCGACCAAGUUCAAAAUUGGGAAAUAGGUGAUUUAUGUGGAAUCAAAUGGAUACAAUCAACCUGUAUGAAAUGUUAUGAAUGCUUUGAAGGUCAUGAUAUUAAAUGCAAAAAAUUAAAAGUUAGUGGCGUUCAUCACAGGGGUACUUUUUGCGAAUAUACAACAUGUGACGCCACCCAAGCUGCUAAAUUAUCCAAGAGUAAAGCCAACUUAGCUGAAGUUGCACCAAUUUUGUGUGCAGGAUUGACUGUUUAUAAAGCAUUAAAAUUAGGUAAGCUAAAGUUUGGGGAUUGUGUCGUUAUAGUUGGUUCUUGUGGGGGACUGGGUUCAUAUGCUGUUCAAUACGCCAAAGCUAUGGGAUGUUUAGUUAUUGGUAUUGAUAAUGGUUUGAAGGAAAAAUUUUUUUAUGAAAACCUAAAGGGUGAUUAUUUCAUCGACUUUACUGAUAUGAAUUGUGGCAAAGACGGUAUCAUCAAAAAAAUUCAAUCUUUUACAAAGGGUAAUGGUGCGAAAUGUGUUCUAAAUGUUUCUACAGGUAAAUCAACGUUUAACGAUUUAUCCAAAAUGGUUGCUAAUUGGGGCACUAUCGUGUUGGUUGGGAUUCCCGGAGCUGAUACAACUAUAACCUAUAGUGUCCUCGAUCAGGUAGUUAGAUGCUAUAAUAUUGUUGGAUCAUCAGUUGGUAAUAAAACAGAUACUAAAGAAUGUUUAAGAUAUUUCGAUAAGGGAUUAAUCAAAUCGCAAAUAAAAAUUAUUGGUUUGAGUGAAUUGCAAUCGGCUUUUGAUACGAUUGAAAGAGGUGAGGCUAACGGUAGAUAUGUAAUUGAUACAUCGAAACUAGCAACAUCGGCGAAAUUGUAG